CCAUAUUAUUAUUACCCACACAACGAAGUUGCCCGCUCCUUUGGCGGGCAGGUUCAAAUCCCGAGGCCAUUUCAAUUCAAUUCAUGAAAUAACUCACCCUCCUUUCACUCAUCUUCAUCUCCUUUCUACGGCUUCCAUUGAAGCCCCCGGUGAGUGAGCUUCUUCUUGAGCUCCUCUCCAUGUCCAAUCAACGAGGCGAUUGUUGAUUGUAGGUUGCCGAGGGAGGGGCGAGGCGAUGGGUCAGGGCCUGAGCUGCACACACCGCCAUGAAACUGGAUUCUUCUUCAGGGCUCUGCACAAUGGAGAUGUGGAUGUUGUUCGAGCUAUGGUCGACACUGAUCCAUCUAUCUUACACCACACCAUUAACCAUCAAAGAUCAACGCCUCUACAUGCUGCGGCUGCCAAUGGACAGAUCGAUAUUCUUUCGAUACUCUUGGACCGGAAUGUGAAUCCCGACAUUCUCAAUCGGCAUAAUCAGACUCCUCUGAUGCUGGCUGCAAUGAGCGGGAGGAUAGCUUGUGUUCAAAGGCUGAUCGAAGCAGGAGCUAAUAUAUUGAUGUUUGAUUCUAUACAUCGAAGAACCUGCUUGCAUUACGCAGCUUUUUAUGGACAUUCAGAUUGUCUGCAAGCGAUUCUUUCUGCUGCCCAUACCACCCCUGUGUCCGACUCUUGGGGUUUUGCAAGAUUUGUGAACGUUAGAGAUGGAGAUGGCUCAACUCCAUUGCAUCUAGCAUCCAGGCAGAGCCAACCUGAGUGUGUUCGUAUGCUUCUUAACAAUGGUGCUCUUGUGUCUGUAUCAACUUGCAGUUGUGCAGGUAGUUCGCCGCUUCAUUUAGCUGCCCGUGGAGGUUCACUGGAGUGUGUUCGAGAAUUGCUUGCUUGGGGUGCUGACAGAUUUCAGUUUGAUUCCUACGGGAGAAUACCCUUUACGGUUGCUUUAAAGCAUAAGCAUCAAACUUGUGCAGCUUUGUUGAAUCCUUCAUCACCAGAACCCCUCAUCUGGCCUUCACCUUUGAAGUUAAUAAUUAAACUAGAUCCAGAUGCAAAAGUAUUACUAGAAAAGGCUUUGAUGGAUGCAAACAUGGAGAGAGAGAAGGCUAUAUUGAAGGAAACAUUCAUCACAUCUCAAUGUCCUUUGGAAGCUGAUGUUGACAUUGAUGCUUAUGUCGACAAUGACUUAACAUCUGAGGCAAGCGACACGGAUUUGUGCUGCAUAUGCUUUGAACAGAUGUGUAAUAUUGAAGCCCAACCCUGUGGCCAUAGAAUGUGCGCUCAUUGCACAUUAUCUUUGUGCUGCCACAAGAAGCCUAAUCCAACAACAGCUUGUCCAACAGCCCCUGUUUGCCCCUUUUGCAGAAGCAGCAUCUCUAAGCUUCUCGUUGCUGAGGUGAAGAAUAAUAAUGACAGUGUAGACCAAGAAAUUUCCCCCUUGAAACUGAAGGGAUUGCGAACUUCAAAUUUCAAUGAAGAAAACAACAGCUUGAAGAGCUUAUCUGCCCUGUUUGGGAAGUUCGGUGAGCAAAAUGCAGGGACGUGUAUCAAGCCUUAAAAAUGGCCACUAUCAGAGAGAUGAUCCAGCCUCGGAUUCGCUUGAAAACAGAGUAAGCUCCAUCCGGGUAUAUGAUCUUUACUUCACCUAUUGAGCAUCCGUUAUCAUUUGGAUAUAUCCAGUUUAAUGUGAGCAAACGUUCGAUAAGGUUUGUUUGCUUAGAGUUGUCAUUGUCGGUUAUUUACUAUCAAAUAUAGCACAUCUAUACGAGCAUUUGAAGUU